UCUCUCCUUUUUUUUUCUUUCCCAGAUCAUCAUCACCUUCUUCUCUCUUUCAUUAGUUUUUUUUUUGCAUUUCCUCGUAUCAGAUUCGAAUUCCUCUGUUCCUGAUAACACAAGAUCCUCUGUUCUAAUAUCUAACGAUGGCAACGGGUAAUAGAGGGAGACAAUUGCCAAAAUUCGGGGAAUGGGACGCGACCAAUCCAGCAUCAGCACAAGGAUUCACUGUCAUUUUCAACAAUGCUCGUGAUGACAAGAAGACCAAGAAAACCGCUGUCGCAGGACCCGAGAGUAUUGUUACACCUCCUGUAAACCAAGAACCUCCAAAAACCAACACCCAUCAUCAGAAGCACCGUAACAACCAUCAUCAGAACCGUAAAUCCGAGACCCCGCGAUCAAAGAAGAAAUGGCUUUGUUUCCGUUAACUCUGGUACUAGCUCUGUUCUGAGGAACCUGAUUAGCAAGAAGAAUCGUGGAACCGAGUGAUCUUCAACAAAUUACAGCCGAUCAAAACCUGUGUGAUCGUCUAAGAUGUUGUAGGAAACUUCUCUUCUUCUUCUUGCUCGUUGAGUUUCUUUUUUUUUUUCCGCUUGUUUUGGCCAUAUUUGGGUAUAUGAAUAUACAUUAUUCUUGCUA